AUGGCUCCUCUCGGCACUCUCAUUGGCCCCAUGCCUAACCCCCGCAACUUCAAGGCCCGCAUUGUUGCUGUCAUUACCGGGCUUGAGCUUGGCACCACCCCCGAUUUCCAGAUGGGCGUUGACAACAAGACUCCCGAGUACUUGGCCAAGUACCCCGCCGGCAAGGUUCCUGUUUUCGAGGGCGCUGACGGCUUCAGUGUGAGCGACUCAAGCGCUAUUGCCUACUACAUUGCUGCAAAGGCUGGCAGUGAGUCUACCCUGCUCGGCCAGACCGCCGAGGAGACUGCUGAGAUUCUCCAGUUUAUCCUCUUUGCAGAGGCUGAUUUUGUGCCCGCCCUCAUAGGUACAUUGGCACCCCUAAUGGGACAUGCCAAGUUCUUCAAGCCCGCUCACCAGCAAGCUGAAGAGCAGUUUUUCCGCUUUAUUGAUGUCCUAAACACCCAGCUCAUCAACCGCACUUUUGUUGUUGGCGAGCGCCUGACCAUUGCCGAUGUCGUUGUUGCCUGCGACUUGCUCUAUUCAUUCCAGCUGUAUUUGACCAGCGAGGACCGCGAUAAGUACCCCGACCUCACCCGCUACUUUACGACCAUAACUGCCGAGCCCGCCUUCAAAGCUGUGCUUGGCGAUGUUGUAUAUUGCGAGAAGCGCAUUGAGCUUGCUGCUUCCGCCAAAAAAUAA